AAGCUGAGCCACGACACCAACGGGAAAAUGUAGCUACGAAGGCACAGAACAACACUCAACCCUUUCCUCUUAUACAUACUGCUGGAGAGAGUGUCUGCUGUUCUGCUGGUGUGUCUGCGACCUAACAGGCCUUCGGAUGCUUGCUCAGGAUCCCUGGUGUCUUGUGUAAGCAUGGCGGAAAUCAGUGUUCGAAGAAUCCUUCUUUUGGUUAUUUCUCUGGCUAAGUGUCUGGAGGGCACAAAGCUGCUGGCACACCUCAAAAAGUGUGGUGACUUGGAAUGUGAAACUUUAAUCAGCAGAGUCUUAGCCCUGAGAGAUCACACAGGACCUGACUGUCGGUACCUAAACUUCACUACGGGAGAAGAGAUAUCUGUUUAUGUUAAACUUGCAGGAGAGAGAGAAGAUUUGUGGGCAGGAAGCAAGGGAAAGGACUUUGGAUUUUUUCCCAGAGACGCAGUCCAAAUUGAAGAAGUGUUCAUAUCUGAAGAAGUCGAAAUGCCAACUAAAGAGUCUGACUUUCUUUGUCUUCUUGGGGAAGGCUACAUAUUUGGAAGCGAACACAGUGAGUUAAACGGAGAUGGUGAUGAAAAUAUGUACCCAUAUGAGGAAGAUGAAGACCCAAACUAUAACAUAUAUGAAAGUGAUUUUCAGCCAGAACCUGACUUUUAUGCAGCUUCCGAAGGACCUUUUUUUGAAGACCAAAUUUCAGCAUCAGAAGCUCCUGAAGAUUUCAGCAUUUCUAAUGAGUCUAAGGAUUGGGAAGAGGCUGGAAGUGCGGGCAGUGGGGAGCAGGAUUACACUCCAGAUGUGGACCAUGUCUUGCCAUCCCAAAGCUUGCCUGAAACACAAGAACGGUUUGGACUGGGGAGAGAAGAAACUGGAGAGAAGGCUUUUGAAGCAGAUACUGAACCCACACAAGAAAGCUCAUUUCAAAGUAGAAAAUUAACAGUGGAAGAGGAGAAUGACCUAGAGAAAUUAAACAAUGCUGAACCCCAAAUGGAACUUGAGCAGGAUCCAGAAUCCCAGUUUGACUCAGAGGCACCAGAAUUCAGUCCAGUGCCAGAGGAACAGUAUGAACUAGUGUCUGAGUCAGAGAACACCCUCAAGCCUCAAACCACUGGCUGGUUUGGUGGUGGAUUUACAAGUUAUUUGGGUUUUGGAGAGGAGGAUCCAGGACUUGAGUUAUUGUCCAAAGAAAGCAGUCCGCCAUUACAAGAUGUUCCCAGUUCUGUUUCACCUGAUGAAGAAGCCCCAGCUCCAUGCAGAGAAGUACAGACGGACGAAGAAGAAGCAGUCAUUAACGACAGCUCAACUCUCAGUCCAAGCUGGUUUAACUUGGGUUUUGGUAUGCUAGGCUUUGCCUAUGCUGAUGAAGACAAAAAUAUUUCAGAUGAUGGGAAAAGUGAAGAUGGCAAGGUAGAUAACCACAAACAUCCUCUAGCAAAUGACUUUGACCCCGGAAAGGAACGAGAAAGGAAAAUGAUAACAGCCGUGGAAACAGAAGAUCAAAUAAGUAAGGACAGGGCCUUAGAGAAGACAGAUGAUUCUGAUUCUAUGCAGUACCUGAAGAGGUUCUUUGAUAACCCUUGGAGCUUCCAGAAUCUCCCAGAGGACACAGAAUUACCAUUUUCCCAACAGAUGCUGGAUCAAGAUGAUAUAGUUGAAAAUGACAGAACUGAAGAACUCUCCACUGAAAAGUCUGCCACAGAGAACAUGAAAGAUCCCAUGAUGCUGGAGGGCAGAUACAGCCCGUCAGAUACGGCCUCUGAAAUAGAGUUACCUAUGAGAGUCCAUGAAGGAAUACAUUUCAAAACCUCGUCUUUGAAGGGGAAUGAGGAAGAUUCAGAGUCACAGGUGGCCUCUGAAGGGCCUGCUGUGGCAGAAAUCGACAGGUCUGUGGAAGGUGCCCUGCUCGGUAGUCAGCUGGUUUCUCAAAAAGAAGAAAUUAGAUUCAGAAAUUAUAUAUCAAGUGGUGAUAUUUUUUUUUCUAAAACAACAGAGCACGAUGCAGAAUUUCAGAUUCUGAAGUAUUUCUUUCAAAUUGAUGUCUAUGGCUUCAUGAAUUCUGCUUUUUCACCAUCUGAAAUUUUUAUAGAAAGGGGUGAUGUGGCAAAGAACUUCGAGUUUCGACAAAGUAGGCCUCAGUUUGGUCUUAAGUCACCGGCUGUAAAGGAACCCCCUUCAUGCAACGGCUCCAAAAAUAGAGCCCUAAAUUUAGAGGGCAAGCUGCUACAUUUAGUUCUUUUUCUCAGUGGGCGCCUCGUGCUGGGCAGACGUCCACAGGGGCUCGAUGAUUUAGCGCCUCCCUGGGCAUUACCCCCGGCAGCCUCGGCGCUCCAGCUCUCCGUGCUCCCGCUCCCCGUGCUCCGGGGUUGA